ACCGAUCCAAGUACAAGUCCACUAGCAGCACGAUUUCUACUUAAUCCAAUUAUUAUCACUACUUAAUUAAUGAAUCAAUCUGUACAUUUAAAAUUCUACAUUUCCAAUUUCAUUUUUCCAAAUUAAAGUGUUUUUCAUUCAAACAGAUUCGGAUUUCAGACAGGCUGGUGGCGGUUGACUUUGAAGGCUGGCUGCCACACUCUGCUACACAGCUAGAUUGAUAAUUCAAACAUAUAUUUCCUUUCCUCAGACAAAAAUGGUAUAGAGUAGGAGGAUUGGGGGAUUUUCAAAGAAAAAGUGAAAAAAAUUAUGGCUUGGAACAAUCCAUUUAAGGAAAUGGCGAAUUCCAAGCCAUUAUUCUUGACGAUCUAUGCAACGGUGUUGAUCGGGAUAGUAUUCUCUUCUGUUUAUGUGUUUUCAGCCAUUUACUCUUCUCCUCAUUCCUCCACCUUCUCUCUCUCCAUUGCUCCUUCUGCUUCUUCAGAUGCAAAAGCAGAACCUUCUAGUCAAGCAUCAAAUUUUUCUCGUCUACAAGCAGAUGGUGAUUCAACAGCACUGAAUCCCCAGCUUCAAAGCAAAUUAUUGAAGCCAAUUUGGACAGUUCCCCCAGCGGGUUCAAAGAUGCCAGAUUUAGAAAGUUUCAGAUUAUCAAAAGAACUGGUUCAGGAAAGAGUUAUAGGCAAUGUUGUAGUUGUGACCUUUGGUAACUAUGCUUUCAUGGAUUUUAUCUUGACGUGGGUUAAACAUUUGACGGAUAUGGGUGUUGAAAACCUUCUCGUUGGUGCAAUGGACACAAAGCUAUUAGAGGCUCUUUAUUGGAAAGGAGUACCAGUUUUUGAUAUGGGUAGCCAUAUGAGCACCGUAGAUGUUGGAUGGGGUUCACCAACAUUUCACAAAAUGGGGAGAGAGAAAGUUGUACUCAUAGAUUCUAUCUUACCUUUUGGCUUUGAACUCCUAAUGUGUGAUACCGAUAUGGUGUGGUUAAAGAAUCCUCUUCCUUAUAUUGCACGUUUCCCUGAAGCAGAUGUAUUGACCUCUACUGAUCAAGUUGUACCAACAGUUACCGAUGACAGAUUGGACAUGUGGCAACAAGUUGGCGCUGCUUAUAAUAUCGGAAUCUUCCACUGGCGGGCCACUGAGUCUUCAAAGAAACUGGCCAGGGAAUGGAAAGAAAUGAUUUUAGCUGACGACAAGAUAUGGGAUCAGAAUGGUUUCAAUGAACUUGUGCGCAGACAGUUGGGACCUUCUGUUGAUGAUGACAGUGGGCUCGUCUAUGCUUAUGAUGGAAAUCUCAAGCUUGGUCUUCUCCCAGCAAGUAUUUUUUGUAGUGGGCACACCUAUUUUGUCCAGGCUAUGUUUCAACAUCUAAGAUUGGAGCCUUAUGCUGUACAUACAACAUUCCAAUAUGCUGGAACUGAAGGAAAGCGUCACCGAUUACGUGAAGCCAUGGUGUUCUAUGAUUUACCUGAAUACUAUGAUCCACCAGGAGGGCUUUUAACUUUUAAGCCUUCAAUCCCCAAGAACUUGUUACUGGAUGGAGUGCACUCCAUAGAUACACACUUUGCUCUUGUUAAUUAUCAGAUGAAACAAAUAAGGACUGCGCUUGCUGUUGCUUCGGUGCUGAAUCGUACCUUGGUAAUGCCCCCACUAUGGUGCAGGUUAGAUAGGUUGUGGUUUGGACAUCCUGGUAUUCUGGACGGUUCUUUAACAAGGCAACCUUUUGUUUGUCCUUUGGAUCAUGUUUUUGAGGUUAAUGUGAUGUUGAAGGAAAUGCCAAAUGAGGAAUUCGGACCUGGAAUCAGUAUUAGGGAGUACACAGUAUUCGAGAAUCCAUCAAUGCCACAAGAGGUGAAAAAGUCGUGGCUUGAUGUACAUCUCUGCCAAGAAGGGUCACUUGGCUGUCAGGUUAACAGUACUAGUCAAACUGGGGUUCUCAAACUUCCCAAACACACUAAUGAAGAAACGUUGAAGACUGUAUUCUCCAAGUUUAACGAUGUGAAAGUAAUCCAGUUCUCAUCAAUGCAAGAUGCCUUUGAUGGUUUCACGGACAAGACAAGGGAAGAACGAUUCAGGAACCGUGUCAAGAGGUAUGUAGGCAUUUGGUGUUGUGUGGAGAAUCACACACCAGGUCAUAUAUACUAUGAUAUGUAUUGGGAUGAGAAACCUGGUUGGAAAGCAGCACCUCCCAACUCUACGGAAGAUGAUCAUCCGCCUUGGUGAGGCUUCCUGACCGUCAAGCUUGGACUCCAUGAGUAUUACCCUCCUAAGAACUGUGCAAAAUCUGCUCCAAUGCUCUUAACAUCUUGCACUUCAAGAGGGCUGUAACAAUGUUUCAUAGAGAAUGUACGUUAAAAUUCAUAGGCUUGGUAUGGAGGAUUAGUCCUUGAUUAGGAUAGGAAAUAUUUGCUUCUUUUUUUUUGUCCGUACAAGCAAGAAAUUUUGAUUGUUCAGACAUAGAAAGUACAAUAAGAUGAAUGUAUGAUCCUGAUCUGAGCAAUUUUCCUUCACAGAA